AUGUCGGAUAGAUAUAGUUUUUCAUUAACAACUUUUUCACCUUCGGGCAAGCUUGUUCAAAUCGAGUAUGCAUUGAAUGCGGUUGCUCAAGGUGUAACAAGCAUUGGUAUUAAAGCUACAAAUGGUGUUGUUGUUGCUACUGAGAAAAAAACAGCUUCACCAUUGAUUGAUGAUUCAUCACUUGAAAAAGUUGCAAAUGUUUGUCCAAAUAUUGGUAUUGUUUAUUCUGGAAUGGGACCAGACUUUAGAGUACUAUUGACAAAGGCAAGAAAGGCAGCUCAAAAAUAUAAAAGAAUAUAUAACGAGUAUCCACCAACAGGAAUAUUGGUUAAAGAAGUUGCUAGUGUAAUGCAAGAAUUUACUCAAAGUGGUGGUGUACGUCCAUUUGGUGUAUCUCUUCUUAUUGUGGGUUAUGAUGAAACUGGUCCAGCAUUAUAUCAAGUAGAUCCUUCAGGAUCAUACUGGGCAUGGAAAGCAUCUGCUAUUGGAAAAAAUAUGGUUAAUGCAAAAACUUUCUUGGAAAAACGAUAUAAUGAUGAUAUUGGAUUGGAAGAUGCAGUUCAUACUUCAAUUUUAACAUUAAAAGAAGGAUUUGAAGGACAAAUGACUGAAAAUUCUAUUGAAAUUGGAAUUAUUGGUGGUGAUACAACAGGAUUUAUGGAAGGCAAGGAACAACCAUUAUUUAGAAAAUUGUCUCCUUCAGAAGUUAAAGAUUAUUUGGCUAAUAUAGCUUAA